UUAAAGCUUAAAAACCUCCCGGGAAGGAAAGGAGGCCAGAUUGGAGGGGGAGGAGGUGAGAGGAAGGAAGUGGGUGGAGAAAACCACUAUAUUCCCAAGAUGCAAAGAAAAUGGAAAAAUAGAAGAAAAAAUAUAUUAAAUCACUGUAAACUAAGAGAAUCACAGUGUACACUCUGUGGUGAGCCUGAAGGUUUGGAUUCUCUAACAGGGCAUGCAUUUCCAGAGGAAGAGGGUGGCGAUCUGCUCAAGUCGGGGAUCAGUUUUCCGGGGACGACAGAGGAGGAGCUAGACCAGCAGUACUCCUGGUCACCUUCUCAGCACUUCAAUGAAGAAAGAUUCUCGCCUGCUCCGAGGAACAUGAAAGGAUUAUCUGGUAGUCGCAACCAACCACAAUUAUGUUCUGCUCAUACUUGUGGUUUAGCAUCCCCUGAAGAUUGUGAACACACCCAUGAUCAUAUCCACCAUGGGCAGGAGCAAAGGCAAUCAUAUCUUCUCAGCCCUACAGAGAGCUGCCCACUGGACCAUCAUCGCUGCUCACCGCGAAGCUCCAUCCAUUCAGAAUGCAUGAUGAUGCCCAUGGUUAUGGGCGAUCACAUGUCAAGUAGCACUUUCCCCAGAAUGCACUACAGCUCACAUUACGAAACGAGGGACGAUUGCGCCAUGUCUCACGCUAACCCUAAGAUUAAUCGAAUUCCUGCCAAUCUCCUGGAUCAGUUUGAGAAACAACUUCCUCUCCACAGGGAUGGGUUUCACACUUUACAAUAUCAGAGGACCUCAACAGCUGCAGAACAACGCAGUGAAAGCCCAGGAAGAAUACGCCAUCUUGUUCAUUCAGUCCAGAAACUUUUCACUAAGUCUCAUUCUUUGGAAGGAUCAUCCAAAGGCAAUGUCAAUGGGACAAAGGGAGACAGUCGAGGGGACGACCAUCAUCAUGGACAUCAUUCCAAGCAUAGCAAAAGGAGUAAAAGUAAGGAGCGAAAACCAGAGAGCAAGCAUAAAUCUGGAAUGAGUAGCUGGUGGAGCUCUGAUGAUAAUUUGGACAGUGAUAGCACUUAUCGCACACCUAGCGUGAUUAAUAGGCAUCAUGUAGAUCAUAUCUCCCACUGCUACCCUGAAGCUCUCCAGGGGCACUUUGGGGAUCUCUCACUAAAGACUUCCAAAAGUAACAAUGAUGUGAAAUGUUCUGCUUGUGAAGGGCUAGCAAUGACCCCUGAUGGUAAAUACAUGAAAAGGAGUUCUUGGUCUACACUUACAGUAAGCCAGGCUAAAGAAGCUUAUCGCAAGUCAUCGCUUAACCUAGAUAAGCCUCUGGUUCAUCAGGAAAUCAAACCUUCCUUGAGGCCGUGCCAUUACCUUCAGGUGCCUCAAGAUGAAUGGGGAGGGUACCCUGUUGGCGGUAAAGACGAGGAGAUCCCCUGCAGGAGAAUGAGAAGUGGGAGUUACAUUAAAGCCAUGGGAGAUGAGGAAAGCGGAGAUUCUGACACUAGCCCUAAAACAUCACCAAAGGUAGCGGUUCGACCAGAGUCAUUAUUAAAAUCCAUUGGACAGAGACCACUUGGAGAUCACCAAAAUCAGAGCUACCUUCAAGCUGCAAGUGAUGUGCCUGGGGGCCACAACAUGGAUCCCUCUGCAAACUACAAUUCCCCAAAGUUCCGAUCAAGGAAUCAGAGCUAUAUGAGAGCAGUGAGCACACUCAGUCAGGCCAGCUGUGUUAGUCAGAUGAGUGAAGCAGAGGUCAAUGGGCAAUUUGAGUCGGUGUGUGAAUCAGUGUUUAGCGAAGUUGAAGCUCAGGCAAUGGAUGCCCUUGACCUCCCUGGAUGCUUCCGAACAAGAAGCCACAGUUACCUGCGGGCCAUUCAGGCAGGUUACUCCCAAGAUGAUGAAUGUAUCCCUGCUAUGGGAUCUUCCAACAUCACCUCAACUAUCAGGUCAACAACAGCUGUAACUUAUACAAGUUACAAAAAAACGCCGCCACCGGUACCCCCACGUACCACUUCCAAGCCACUCAUCUCAAUUACAGCACAGAGCAGCACAGAAUCCACCCAGGAUGCAUAUCAUGAUAGCCGGACUCAGAGGAUUUCCCCAUGGCCUCAAGAUGGUCGAGGGAUGUACAACUCUACAGACAGUUUGGACAGUAACAAGGCCAUGAAUCUUGCCAUGGAAACUGCCGCUGCACAGCGCCAUGCUUCUGAGAGUCAAAUCACUUCAGUACGAACCAGUGACAAGGCCAUUUUAGUGACAAAAGCUGAGGAGUUUCUUAAGAGUCGACGGUCCUCUAUAGGGAUUCAGGUGGAAACGGCAACCGAUUCAGAUACCGAGAGCAGAGGCCUACGGGAAUACCAUUCCGUUGGAGUGCAAGUGGAAGAUGAGAAACGACAUGGACGAUUUAAACGUUCAAAUAGUGUAACAGCAGCUGUACAGGCUGACCUGGAACUGGAGGGCUUUCCAGGACACAUAACAAUGGAGGACAAGGGACUUCAGUUUGGUUCAUCAUUCCAGAGGCAUUCAGAGCCUAGCACUCCUACCCAGUAUGGUGCAGUAAGAACUGUACGGACACAGGGACUAUUCAGUUACAGAGAAGAUUACAGGACCCAGGUUGACACCUCAAAUCUUCCACCGCCAGAACCCUGGCUGGAGCCAGCCAUUGAGACAGUAGAAACUGGUCGGAUGUCCCCAUGUCGACGGGAUGGGUCUUGGUUUAUGAAGUUGCUACAUACUGAAACGAAGAGGAUGGAAGGAUGGUGUAAAGAGAUGGAGAGAGAAGCAGAAGAAAAUGAUCUUUCUGAAGAAAUUCUAGGUAAGAUCCGAAGUGCUGUUGGAAGUGCUCAGCUCCUUAUGUCUCAGAAGUUCCAGCAGUUUUAUUGGCUUUGUCAACAGAACCUGGACCCCAGUGCCAUGCCAAGGCCAACUUCCCAGGACCUAGCAGGAUUCUGGGACUUAUUGCAGCUUUCAAUUGAAGACGUCAGCAUGAAGUUUGAUGAACUGCACCAGCUGAAACUCAAUGAAUGGAAACUAAUAGAAUCACCUGAAAGGAAGGAAGAAAGGAAGGUUCCUCCUCCAGUACCAAAGAAGCCCCCAAAAGGAAAAUUCCCUAUAACGAGAGAAAAGUCUCUCGACCUACCUGACAGACAACGUCAAGAAGCCAGAAGACGGCUUAUGGCUGCUAAGAGAGCAGCCUCCUUUAGGCAGAAUUCAGCCACAGAGCGGGCAGACAGCAUUGAGAUCUAUAUCCCAGAAGCCCAAACCCGGCUUUAA